CUGACCGGGGCAGACGGGACACGUGACUUCCCGGACCCAGCUGUUGUUGACAGGUUCUGCUCGGCUCGUUUCGGUUCUGAAAUGUCUCCUGAUAAUCGAUAAGUUGAGCCGGUAAUCGAUACACUGAAGGUGCGGAGAUGCUGGAGGACAGCUCCACGGAGGUGUCUGUGAUCCCGGAGAACCAGCACUGUGGACCGGUGGCGGACAUCCACAAAGCGGAGCUCGCUCCCGGGGGCUCCCUGCUCGGAUGUCUGGGGCUCCGGGGGCGGCUGGUGCUGUGGGACCCGGCCGACAGAGAGGCUCCUCCGGCCGCAGUGGACGGCUGCUACACAGAUUUCUGUUGGGAGGAAGUGGCGGUUCACGGUCGCAGCGUCAGCAGCUUUAGACUGCUGGCUGUCGGAGGUCAGUGCGACCUGAAGCUGCUGGAGGUGGAAGCAGAACGAUCAGCCUCCAUUUCUCUGCUGCAAGUCUGCGAAUGUCCUGCAGACCGCCUGCUGCAGACCGUCAGAGACCAGGACCACGGUGAGUACCAGGACCACGGUGAGUACCAGGACCACGGUGUGCGUGAGCUGCAGUCGGUGCGCGUGUUGUCGUUUGCCGCCGGCCGCUUCUGCGUGCUGCUGAACUGUGAUUGGCUGCUGCAGCUGCAGUGGCAGCAGACGGAGGAGGAGCUGCAGACGUUGUCCUGCUGCAACAUCCAGCUGACUGACAGCAACAGACACACUGCCGUCAACCACUGUGUCUGCAGAGGGACGCUGUUCAUCCUCAGCUCCACGGGACUCAUAUCUGUGUACAGUAUCUCUGAUGGCAGUCUGCUGGCCAGCGUCGACCUCCCGACUUACCUGAGCUCCCACCUGGCGGACGAUGACCUCGUCUGUCCUUCCUCCUCCUCCUCCCUCUCCUCCUCUUCCUCCUUCUGCCUCCUCCAGGUGUCAGCUGAUCUCAGUACAGCCGUAGCGGUCACUCAGUCUCAGACCGCCGUCGCCGUCGAUCUCAACCACUACUUCAGGAUGUAUCCGGACCACCUACUGUGUGCCGUCCCCCCCUCUCGCCCCUCUCUCCGGCCCCAGCACCCAAGAGACCAGGACAGCCUGUCCAGCUCUAACUGCUGCCUCGCCGCCCUCAGCUCAACCUUCAGUACCGACCGCUCCUGGGAAGCUCGUCUGGCCUCUAUGUACAGCAGAGCCCAGCAGACUACCGCUCCCUCCUCCUCCUCACAGCCUGCUGGGACCUCCUGGUCGUCCUCCCUCCCCCACCUGGAGUCCCACCUGGCUCCAUCCUCGGCCCACAGCAGAGCGCCUCGCGGCGGGGCGACUGUCGCUUUCUCCGCCCCCGCGUCGUCCGCUCCAUCUCUGCUCACUGUGUCCGAGUUCUCCGCCCAGCUGACCUUCGUCUCCCCCGGCAACAAACAGACCACAGCGGCCUUAUGGGAGUUUGAGUCUGGGAGCGUGAGCUACCACCAGGCGGAGGGCGAGGCGGCGCCGGUUCAGCGCUGUGGAGAGAGACAGCACCGACUGCUGCUGAAGAGCUCCGGUGUGUUCCAGGUCCUGUUUUCGGUGUCCCAGCAGGACUUGCUCAGCAGGUUGAUGUUGUUCGGCAGCGCAGCGACAGUGGACGCAGUGUGUCACCUGAACAGCUGGGGGCGCUGCUCCAUCCCCAUCCACGCCCUGCAGGCCGGACUGAAGAACCGACAGCUGGACACGGUCGACUUCUACCUGAAGAGUAAAGAAAACAUCCUGAACCCUGCGGACGAACAGCCGGCUGCCUCCACGCUGACAGACAGUGUCCAGCAGUUGUGUCCUGCGUUGGACCUGCUGUGUUCGGCCGUCAGAGAUUCAAACAGUGAAGCUCAGAGCCGACAGUUCUCUGAACAGCUGCUCCACAUCACCCUGGGCUUCGUCAGCACGCAGAUCAGAUCAGUGCUGACCAACACACACCACGAGGACGCAGGCGUGCGGAGCUGCGUCGACGUUCUCGACCGGUACGUCACCGAACUGAGGAGCUACAUGAAGAGGUUCCCCUGGCCUGCAGGGGGCGACACUUCCAGCACCAGUUCUGCUGAUUCUGCUCAGGAGGAGGUGCAGAGAGACGAGUGGGAGCAGCUGCAGACAGAGGAAGUGGUCCGUCAGUCCAUCCUGACCAAUCAGAUCCCCAGAGCUCAAGCUGUCCUGCGGAGGCGGGGCCGUCCGGAGCAGCGUCUGUCGGCUCUGAGGAUGGAGGGUCUGCGUCAGGUCUUCGCCUGCCUGCAGCGCCGAGACCUGCAGACCGCCAACACUCUCCUCACCAACAUGGGUUUCAGCGUGAAGAAGCAGCUCCACAGUAUCUGCCUCUUCACCGACGACAAGGACCUCCGGAAGUUUGUGGUGGAGGAGCUGUCGGGGCGGAGUUAUUUCCCAGAGGAGGAGAUGCGGAGUGUGGCGUUCAUCGAGGAGAUGGAGAAGUUGGGGUUGCUGCCCGCGUCCCGCUGCCCCGCAAAUGCCACCUCGCAAAGGCUGGCUCAGGUGGUCUGUAGGGAGGCAGCCGGAGGUGGUGAGGAGGUUCUUCUGGAGGAGCUGACGGGACGGAAGACCUUUGUGGAAGACGGGGGUCUCUGGAGGAACCUCCGCCUGGACUGGGUGAGGAACUGGGACCAGAGCUGCCAGACCACCGUCCUCCUGUCCAGACUCCAGCACACAGAGUUGAGCUCCUGUGACGCGGCGGUGUUGUGGCGUUACCUCACUGCCCUGCACGACCAGCGCCGGGUGGUGGACUGGAUCGACUGGAACAGGGAGACCUCUGGCGCCCCCCGGUGGCCUGAGUUAACCCCAGAGCUGGUCAACAACAACACAGUCUGCAGCACCUACAUGAGGGAGGACAUCCUGGACCUGCUGGCCAGGAGAGGUCUCUUCAUCCCGGAGGAGCUGGCAGACUUGGAGCAGCUGCUGUGGAGGCUGGCUCAGGGUGGAGGGGUGAUGGCUUCAUCCCCACCCGUCCCUCAGUACCGCUCCCCCCUCGGCCUCGACCUCCACAGCCUCUUCAUCACCUUCUGCCUGGACCACAGCCUGCAGUACCUGCUCUACACCUACCUGGAGCACUACAGGUUGACACCCAGAAACUGUCCCCUCUUGACCAAUCAGAGCCUGUCUGAGAGCCAGCCCUGGUUUGAGAUGUUGGUGAAGAUCCAGGAGAUCACCAGAGAUCUGUCAGAUCCAGGACUGGUAUUCCAGGCCAGUUUAACCAGUGCACAGGUGCUGUUACCAGGCAGCCAGGCUUCUCUCAGCAGUCUGCUGUUGGAGGGACACAGUCUGCUGGCCCUGGCUGCCGUUAUGUUCGCACCUGGAGGAAUCGACCAGGUGUUGGUUCAGGGUGAAAGGUCGGGCAGAUCAGAGAAGACGGUCGACCCCCAGCUCCUGAAGAUGGCGCUGGCCCCCUAUCCCAAACUAAAAGCCGCUCUGUUCCCCACCGGGCCGCGAGGAAACGGCCCGUCCUCAGACAUCUCCGUCUACCACCUCCUGCAGUCGCUGCAUCCUCUGGACCCAUCCAGGCUGUUUGGCUGGCAGGCUGCAAACACCCUCAACUCCACCGAAACGUCAGAGCUGCCUCAUUUCUCCAGCCCUCACCUGGUCAACAGGUUCGCUCUGGUGGAGAACCUGGACUUCCUGUACUACCUCCGUCAUGGCCGGCCAUCCUUUGCGUACGCCACCUUCCUCGUCCAGCAGCUGAGCGGCUGCAGCGACGUCAUGCUACUGCUGCAGCAGGCCCUGCAGCAGGUGUACAGGUUGGCCCUGCAGUGUUUCAACCUGCCGUCUGUGGCGUCAGCGAGCGUCUGUUUCUGUGAGCUGCUGGGAGGCUGCAGCCUGAAACUGAGGGUCGACAUCAGAGCCAUGAACACCAUCCUGCAGCACUGGAACCAGCACAACACACACACUGCUCCGACACAGCAUCUACACACUCUGGUCUCUAAAGGUGUAAAGCUGGCGGAGGCGGAGCCUGGAGCAGCGGAGGAACUGAUUGGCUACCUGGAAGCUGCAGUGGCAGACAGCCUGGAGCAGAAGGGCAUCAGCAGGUCGUCCUACGAGGCGGCUCAGGAGUGGGCGUUGCCUGUUCAGUUCUGUCAGCUCCACAGUCUGAAGCUCAGCUCUGUUUACCCCGCCCACUGCGCUGAUGACGGACAGUUCAUCCAUUUCCUGUUGUUCGUCCAGCUGCACAACUUCCCGCCCCAACAGGUGAGGACAUUGGCAGCUCAGUUUGGUCCCGCCCUGCAGGCCCACCUGAGUCUGGCCUUUCAGGACCUGCAGGUGUACAGUCAGAGGAGGAGCUGUGGCGGUGAGGAGCAGUCGGGGUCUCCGAGCACAGAGGAGGCCACUGGCAGCGCGCAGCACCACAAGGAGCUGUUCCACGUCCUCCUGCAGAGCCAGGAGGAGGCGGCGCCCUGCAGGUACCUGCUGCAGGAAGCGCUGGUGCAACACUGCCCGACGCUGGCUGUAAUGGCUGCCUGUCAACAGGACUCUCCUCUGGUGUUGGUGCUGAGGAUGUUUGAGUUGUGCUGUGACUACAGGAACUUCUCUGAGGCCAAAGCAAAGCUGUUGGACUUCCAGAGGACACUCAUCGCUCUGAGAAACGGAGGCCCGGCACCCUCCAGCGGACUCCCCCUGCAGUGGGUGGAGAGUCAGGCCUCCGUGCUGCUCCUCACUAUGCUGCAGCGCUGCUCCUCCCAGUACGACCUCCACCGGCUGCUGCAGCUCCUCGCAGACGUCGACAAACUUCUCAAAUCCAAUGGUCUAGACUUUAGGAAGCUGAGUCAGCUCAGUCAGUUGCUGCAGGGGUCGGAGGUCAGUCUGUCUCCCAGGCUGCUGCAGUGCAGUUCUCCCGCCGACCAGCAGGAGGAGUUCCAGGCUGCAGUGGAUGCUCUGCAGGCCAGGGGGCGCUACAGCCAGGCCCGGCAGGUCGCUCAGCUGGCCGGCCUGUCCAUCCACCGCCUGCUGCUCAGCCAGCUUCUCCAGGAUGUAAACUCCAAGAAGUCCAAGAGGCAGUGGGGACGUUUGGAGGCACGAGUCGGUUUCUGGAGGAAAUGUCACGAGCAGCUGAAGGCUGACAGCACUGAUCCAGAAUCUGCCUCCCAGUUCUUCCUGUCGCAGGCUGAAACUGAGGCCGCAGACUCCUCUGGGGCCGCGGAGGCUCAGAGCGAGCUGCUGGACGUCCAGGAACGCUGCCUGCUGCUCUGCCUCGCCGCUCACUGGCUCGCCAUGCUCAACCCGGCUCCAGUGGACCGAUUGGAGACCCUGGAGAAGAAGCUGUGGGUCAGCCGGGUCCGACGGCGUGUCCUCACCGUCGCCAUGGAGAAGGAAAGUGUUUUCAACCUGCCGCCGCCGGCCGUCACGCCUGACAUGAACUCAUACGAAGUGCUCAUGAAGGAGUUCUCAUUCUCCAACAUAUCGGGUCUUAACACAGAGAGGUGUCUCAGUCUGGAGGGACUGCCGGGUCCAUCUCAGGAGCAGGAGGACAUUGAUUCGGCAUUGAGUCCAGAGGAGAGGCGUGUUCUGGCUACACUGGUUGGUCAGUUAUUAGAUGACAGCAGUAUCCAUGAAGCCAGCCGGGUCUGCCGGUAUUUCUCCCUGUAUCACCAAGACAUGUGGGUGGUGCUGCGCUGCCGAGGUCUGGCCUCUGGAGAGCUGAACCCUGAACCGCAAGAAGAGGCAUCAGAAGCUCUGCCAGGGAAGAGCAUAACCAGCUCUCCCUCUCUCGGCAGCCUGUCGUCUUUCGUGAUGCUCCCGCUCCCCGACGACGAGGUCGCUGUCCAGCUCCAAAAACUAGUAGAUCAAUGUCGCCAUGGCAACAACUACUGCAAACAAGUCCUCAGCCUCUACCAGCUAUCCAAGGAGCUGCAGUGUUCCUUCAGUCAGGUCUACGGGGAGGAACCUCGCUCAGUGCUGGAGAAGCUUCUGCUGUCGGACCAGCCGGAGCGCUUCAGGAAGGCUCAGGCCUUCAUCAAAGCUCAGGGUCUGUCUGCAGACUCUGUGGCCGAGCUGGUCUCCUCUGCUAUGGUCCAGUCGCUGCUGGCCUCCACUCAGGAGCUGCAGCCUGCAGAGAGGCAGGUGUUCAGGCCGUCGGAGGGUCGGGACUCGCUGGUCCAGCUGAUCAAACUGUGUGACGAUCCAAACCUGGUGGGAGUCAAACUGCUGGAAAACCUCAACGCUGUUCCACUGCGAGACCUGAGCUGCAUCAUCGAGUUGCUGAUCGUGGCUCACGACUGUUUCAGUCUCACCUGUAACAUGGAGGGGAUUGUCCGCGUGCUCCAAGCCGCCCGUCACCUCAGCCACACCUACCUCGCCCCGGGAGAGCACUACAGCCUGCUGGUGCGUCUGCUGACGGGUAUCGGCAGGUACAAUGAGAUGACGUACGUCUUCGACCUGCUGCAUCAGAACCACCGCUUUGAGAUGCUGCUGAGGAAGAAGAUGGACACGGACAGAAGACAGAGCUCCAGUCUGAAGACGGCUCUGCUGGAUUACAUAAAGCGCUGCCUCCCCGCGGACAGCGAGAAGCACAACAUGGUGGCGCUGUGUUUCAGCAUGAGGAGGGAGAUCGGAGAAAACCACGAGAUGGCCGCCAGAACGCAGCUGAAGAUCAUCGAGUCUCAGGCCUGGGUCGUCACUCCUGAUCUGAAGAGUUCGUUGCUCAAAGUGUUGGGUCUGCUGAAGGACGCCGCAGAGAGCUUCUCCAAGGACUCGUGCGUCCGUCAGGCGAGUCGCUGUGUUCGGACGGCCAAGCUGGUCGCGCUUCAGCUGCACUUCCUGAACCAGGGAUCAGACCUGCGCGUCAUCAACCUGCGACAUGCAGAGCUGCUGAACGCCGUCACGUCGCUGCCACGAUGCUACCAGGUGUUCGUGGUGUCGGAGGCGUACAGCUACAGUCCGGACUGGGCGGAGAUCCUCUACCAGAAGGUGGUCCUGAAGGGAGACUUUGUGUACCUGGAGGAGCUCAAACGCCACCGUCCGCUGACCUCCAGCCUGUUUGAGGAGAUUUUCAAAAAGCUGGAGGGCGCUCCCAGCAGCGCCACUCCCAACGUGAAGCGCCUGCUGACGCACUGUGAUGAUGUGUACAGCCGCUAUAGGCUGGCCUACCAGCAGAACCUGUACGAUGUCACCAAAACGCUGCUGCAGGACACCAAGACCUCGAGCUACCUGAACGACAGGCUGGCCAGCUGAUUGGCCGACUGAGGCCGACUGAACCAACAAUACUGCCCGUGUACAAUACGUGUUUAUAACACCGCUUUGUCUUUUCUAAUCCGUCUUCUGUGGAGAUUCAUUCAAAUCUGUAAUUAACUUCUCACAAAAUAAAUAAUCUGUUUCGAUUAUAAACUCACAUUAAAGACUUUAUAAACUGUUUUGUAUCAA